AAAAAAAAAAAAAAAAUACUUGAAAAAAUCAAACAAACAAAUCUUGUAUGUCUCUCUCUGUGUGUGUGUAAUUUGCUGAUGGUGAUGUAACGGUGAUGUAACGGUAAUGUUAUAUAUAACACAUCUGAGCUGGGCACCAGUACUGGGCAGUCCAUAUGGAAAUUUGUCGCCUUUCGGAGCACCAGCACCUUUACUGGCUUCAGCUCAUUCACACCGUUCUCCACAUCAUCCGCAUAGCUCACUUCCACAUCAUCACCAGCACCCAGCUCCUCAAGCAGCGUUUUUCCCACCACCUCUUCUAUAUUGGUCUUAUCCUAGUCCUCCAGUGUCGCCAACAGCAUAUUAUGGUCAGCCGCCGACGCAUUCGGCUACGCAGUUGGCUGGAAACAUUACCGCUACACAACAUCAAGCCAUGUAUUCUUUGGAUUUUUUGCCAGCGGUGCAAACUACAGCGCUUAACCCUCCGAGUGUAUCCAUUCCUUCGCCAAGUACUUAUUUACCAGCAAAACAAUUUUCAGCUCUGCCAGCACCAGUCGUUCCGCUUUCUACUGGAGCUACAGGCGGAGUAGGUGGCGGCAAUGGAAGUAGAACAAUUGUUGGGGGUUUGUCACCUUACUAUAAUAAAUUGCCGUUACCACUUCCAAUAUCACAACAACAAACAAGCAAUAUCUACCACUACAGUUCUCCGCCAUCGGUGACAGUAUCUCCACAGCCGGCUUUGGCCACUACACCGGCCUCUGCGCCACCUAUGCCUCCAACUCGAUCGGCCGUAUUAGGGCCUCUAUCAGCAGUAUCGACAGAUUUAUCCAUACCGAAUACUACUUUGCUUACUAUUGAUACAUCCCAAAAUGAACGACCACCUACUCUUACAGUGACACCUCCCGCUUCUAAGUCAGCAAACAAAAUUGCUUUCAGCCGCGAUGUGACCGCCACAGCAGUAACCGUUAACAAUGUCAGUGUGGUGCCAAACGCUUGUAUGGAGCUUUAUAUCGCCUAACAGUUGUUAGACUUUGCUGUAAACCAUUUUUAUGCAUCCAUGUAUGGAGAUAUAAAAUUCAAAGAGAGCUGUGUGAGCUAUACUAUAUAUUAUAUAUAAAAGAGAUUUUAUUAAUUAAAAUGCGUCUGCAAUUAUAAUCGAUGCAUUUUCUACAGAAGAGAAAUAAUGUACUAUAUUUAUUAUUAUAUCAAUUAGGAAUUUAUUACUUCUUGCCAAUUUUAUCUAAAUUUAUAAGACAUAUUUAGUUUAUUUUUUCAACCGAAAGGAAACAUGUACAAAUAUCCAUGAGAAGAGAAAUACAAACACAAUUUAAUAUAAUUUCAUAAUUUACCGUUUCUAGACAAUCACAACGUCUGUACGAGUAUAUUUGCCUGUACUUGUCCUAAUCACCACUAUUAAUUCCUAAUAUCAAAACUUGUAGCUUUUUAACAAGCAUUUUUAUAAUUUUUAGAAUUUUUUGUGGUAAGCAGUCUUAUAGCCAAUGAAUUUUAAUGCUAGUUUCAAGUAACCAGACAUUUUUUAAAAAUGCUAAAAAUACUGGUUUAAAAGCUCAAAGUUUUGUUGAAAUUUUGAAAACUUUUGUACAAAACUUGGUUUGGUUUUUGUUGUAGUAUGAACAAAUUUUCAUUAAAAUAUAAUACAUAGGCAAAUAUGUAUAUACAUGCCAAUCAUGAAGAUGCAGAACAAAGCAAUCGCAUUCAAAAUAAUCUCGAAUUUUAGCAGAAUAGAUCUAUUAAUUGUAAUAAAUCUCCCGUCAAAAUAGUUACAAACUUAACGGAGAGAAUUAUGAGAAUUGCCAAAAUACUGAACUUUAAUUAUCUUAGAUAACAUUUUUUUAAAAUAUAACCAGGCUUUAACCUUGGUUCAAAACAAACACAAUUAUGGACUUGACUUUUCUAUACAUCUACAUCUGACACGAAUGUGCUGUAGAAUACCCGAUAUAACACACGGUAGUUUCAAUAAAAAAGUGUUUAGUUCAAGUACUUUAAAAUUUAAUGGUAUUCUUAAAAUGUUUAUGUAUUUUUUUUAUUUAAAGUUUAUUUACUUAAUGUGCCGCUAUUUGGUGCAGCUCCGGCCAUUCUUUGUAACGUCAUUACAAUGGGCUUACAUUCUUACUGUCAACAAAUUUGCAACAUUUUCAACAAUCAUCUACCUAAUACCAAAACAAGAAAGAGUUCUGUGUGCCUUCUUUGGAUGGUGAACGCUCCGGCAACGUUUGAGUCCUUGAGAGCCCCAUGUGCUCAAUAAGUCAGUGAGCUAUUACAUGGUUAAGUAAAGUUCUUUCUUUGCACCAGAAAACUUAUAAGAUGAAAAGGUUUGGCAACCAAUCAUGUUCAGAAAUAACUUGAAUGUCUACUACAUAUUUUAUUUUGAGAAUCUCAUAGUUUUUAAGAACCAAAUCUGAAUACUUCAUUAUUGUUACUGCCGUACAUGCUCAACUACUAAUGUCAAAAAGAAAAACACCAAACAAAUAGAUAAACUAGUUAUAAGAACAACCAGUGUGCAAUACUAAAAUUUAAAAAGUAUGUACUUACUUCUACUUAAAUAUUUAUGCAGAUUCAUAGAAGCUUAACAUAAAUGGUUGAUGAGAGCGAAUUAAUGAGUUUUAAUAUUUCAAAUAUUGUCAAGUUUAUAGAAAGUCAGCCAGAAUAAAUAAUGAAUGAAACAAACUUUACCUAGUCAAUAGUAAACAUAUUUUAAUCCUUUAGUUUUAUUUAUGUAUAACUUAAAUAAUAUCAAAUGAUACAGGAAUAAUACGAAAUCACCAUUGUUAGACUGCAGUGCAGUAGUAAAAUUUCUCAAAUGUAAUGAAAUCGGGUGGAACAUUUUAAAUGUGCCCUUAUAUUCAUUUAUUUCUAAGUAUUUGUUAAAAAAUUAGUUGUUUGUAUAUGAAUAUUAGAAAAAUUUAAUUGUUAAAGCAAUUCGAGCAAUAAAACACAUGGAAAUUAUUAUUAACACUUA